AUGAGCGUGGAGGCGUACGGGCCGAGCUCCCAGACUCUGACGUUCCUGGACACGGAGGAAGCGGAGCUGCUGGGAGCGGACACCCAGGGCUCCGAGUACGACUUCACCGAUUUCACCCUGCCGAGCCAGACCCAGACCCAAGGCCAGACCCAGAGUCAGCUCGACGGGCAGGUUAAUGGUCCUGACGGGGUGCUGCAGAAUGGAGACGACCCUGUGGUGAAAGCCAGUCAGCUGCUAGCAGAGCUGAACUUUGAGGAAGAUGAGGAGGAUACCUACUACACCAAGGACCUUCCUGUCCAUGCCUGCAGUUACUGUGGGAUUCAUGAUCCAGCCUGUGUGGUUUACUGCAACACCAGCAAGAAGUGGUUCUGUAAUGGCCGUGGAAACACAUCCGGCAGCCACAUUGUAAACCACCUGGUGAGAGCAAAGUCCAAGGAGGUGACUCUGCAUAAAGAUGGACCUCUAGGGGAAACGGUACUGGAGUGUUACAACUGUGGCUGUCGCAACGUCUUCCUGCUGGGCUUCAUCCCUGCCAAGGCUGAUUCAGUCGUGGUGUUACUGUGCAGGCAGCCAUGUGCCAGCCAGAGCAGCCUGAAAGAUAUCAACUGGGACAGCUCACAGUGGCAGCCUCUCAUCCAGGACCGCUGCUUCCUGUCCUGGCUGGUCAAAAUCCCCUCAGAGCAGGAGCAGCUCAGGGCCCGUCAGAUCACCGCCCAGCAGAUCAACAAGCUGGAGGAACUCUGGAAGGAAAAUCCCACUGCAACCCUGGAGGACCUGGAGAAGCCUGGUGUAGAUGAGGAGCCGCAGCACGUCCUGCUCCGCUAUGAGGAUGCUUAUCAAUACCAGAACAUCUUUGGUCCUCUAGUGAAGCUGGAAGCUGACUACGACAAGAAACUCAAAGAGUCCCAGACUCAAGACAACAUUACAGUCAGGUGGGACUUGGGACUGAAUAAAAAGAGAAUUGCAUAUUUCACUCUUCCCAAGACAGACUCAGAUAUGCGACUGAUGCAGGGAGAUGAAAUUUGCCUGAGGUACAAAGGAGACCUGGCUCCUCCAUGGAAAGGCAUUGGACACGUCAUCAAAGUCCCUGAUAACUAUGGCGAUGAGAUCGCUAUAGAGUUACGAAGCAGUGCCGGGGCUCCAGUGGAGAUCCCACACAACUUCCAGGUCGACUUUGUGUGGAAGUCCACUUCCUUUGACAGGAUGCAGAGUGCCCUGAAGACGUUUGCUGUGGAUGAGACCUCAGUGUCUGGUUACAUCUACCACAAACUGCUGGGACACGAGGUAGAAGAUGUGGUCAUCAAGUGUCAGCUGCCCAAACGUUUCACUGCUCAAGGCCUGCCUGAUCUCAACCACUCCCAGGUAUAUGCUGUGAAGACAGUGCUGCAGCGCCCCCUCAGUCUGAUCCAGGGACCUCCCGGCACAGGGAAGACAGUAACCUCUGCCACUAUUGUCUACCACCUGGCUCGACAGGGUAACGGGCCAGUGCUGGUGUGUGCUCCCAGUAACAUCGCUGUUGACCAGCUGACAGAGAAGAUACACCAGACAGGACUCAAGGUGGUGAGGCUCUGUGCCAAGAGCAGAGAAGCCAUUGACUCGCCUGUCUCCUUCCUGGCUUUGCACAACCAGACCCGCAACAUGGACAGUAUGCCAGAGCUUCAAAAGCUUCAACAGCUGAAGGACGAAACUGGUGAGCUGUCAUCCUCAGACGAAAAGCGCUACCGAGCUCUGAGACGUACCGCUGAGAGGGAGCUGCUUAUGAAUGCUGAUGUGAUUUGUUGUACCUGUGUUGGUGCGGGGGAUCCUCGUCUGGCUAAGAUGCAGUUCCGCUCAAUCCUGAUCGAUGAGAGCACCCAAGCUACUGAACCAGAGUGCAUGGUGCCUGUCGUCCUGGGGGCCAAGCAGUUGAUUUUGGUGGGUGAUCACUGCCAGCUGGGUCCUGUGGUGAUGUGUAAGAAGGCAGCUAAAGCAGGUCUGUCCCAGUCUCUGUUUGAGCGUCUGGUAGUUCUGGGGAUCCGACCAAUUCGUCUGCAGGUCCAGUACCGCAUGCACCCAGCCCUCAGCGCCUUUCCCUCUAACAUCUUCUAUGAAGGCUCUCUGCAGAACGGAGUCACUGCUGCGGACCGUGUGAAGAAAGGCUUUGACUUUCAGUGGCCGCAGCCUGACAAGCCGAUGUUCUUUUACGUUACACAAGGCCAAGAGGAAAUUGCCAGCUCUGGAACAUCAUAUCUGAACAGGACAGAGGCAGCCAAUGUGGAGAAAAUCACCACGAGGUUGCUGAAGGCUGGAGCAAAACCUGAUCAGAUCGGCAUCAUUACUCCGUAUGAGGGACAGAGGUCAUACCUGGUCCAAUACAUGCAGUUCAGUGGCUCCCUCCAUACCAAGCUCUAUCAGGAGGUGGAGAUAGCCAGUGUGGACGCUUUUCAAGGCAGAGAGAAAGACUUUAUCAUCCUGUCCUGUGUGAGGGCCAAUGAGCACCAAGGCAUCGGUUUCCUUAAUGAUCCCAGACGUCUAAAUGUGGCACUCACCAGAGCCAGGUAUGGUGUGAUCAUUGUGGGAAACCCCAAGGCCCUGUCCAAGCAGCCCCUGUGGAACCACCUGCUGAACUACUACAAGGAGCAGAAGGUCCUGGUCGAAGGCCCCCUCAACAACUUGAGGGAGAGCCUCAUGCAGUUCAGCAAGCCACGAAAGCUGGUCAACACCAUCAACCCUGGGGGUCGAUUUAUGAGCACAGCCAUGUAUGAUGCCAGGGAGGCCCUCAUUCCUGGAUCUGUUUAUGACCGCAGCAGCAACGGACGCAUGUCCAACAUGUAUUUUCAGACCCAUGACCAGAUCGGUAUGAUUGGCACAGGCUCCAAUCCCAUGACCUCAAUGAACAUCCCUAUCCCCUUCAACCUGGUGAUGCCCCCUAUACCCCCCUCUGGAUACAUGGGGCAGGUCAAUGGGCCCACAGGAGGUCGUGGUGGAGGUAUGAAGGGGAAAGCAGGCAGUGGAGGUGGAGGCGGGACUCGAGGUGGUCGUCAAAGAAACCGUGGCAACAUGGGAAACCAUGGUGGAGGGAAUGGAGGAGCAGACCGUGGGCAUGGAGGACAUAUGAGCGGCAGCCAGGCCAGUCAGGACCUGGGCUCCCAGUCCUUCUCCCAGGGUCCUCUGACGCAGGGCUACAUCAACAUGAGCCAGCCGUCACAGAUGAGUCAGCCUGGGCUCUCACAGCCUGAACUCUCCCAGGACAGUUACCUAGGAGACGAGUUCAAGUCCCAAAUUGAUGUGGCUCUGUCCCAGGACUCCACCUACCAGGGGGAGCGGGCCUACCAACACGGUGGUGUGACUGGACUGUCCCAGUACUAGACUGUAAGAAAUUCCACUGCGGACUCAGCUGACUCACAGAAAAUUGCUGGAAAGGAGCUAGGCCUGUGUGUGGCUUAGUUCAUCGGUAUUUUAAUCUGGGUAAUAACAAAAAAGAACAAACAUGGAUACCCGUUUUCCACUGCUACAACCGAAGCACCACUGUGUGAAAGUAACAGGAGAGAGACCGUGAGAAACCAACCAAUCACAAGAGUGAGAGCAAAAAACAUGGGAGUAGAGCUGGACAGGAAGAGAGCAAGAGACCAGAGCGAGAGGCAGGUGGAGGAGAGAAGGCACUGCUGCUCACAUGCGAAGACAUGGCGAGGGAGAAAAGCUUGUCAUCGUUGGAGCUGCACAGUUGGAGAGUCGAGACCUUGGACAGGUCAAGGAGGGACAGAAGGUCCAAUCAAUGCUGGAGAGGGGAGAAGGACAACUGUGUCAUCUUGUCCCUCUUGCGCCCCUGAAGCCUCUGGCUUCUCCGGGCAGUGUGGUUGGGAUUCUUGCUCCAGAAGCUGAGAAAGAUGGAGAAGAAGAGGUGUCUCACACAGAAGUCCUCCAAGCUAACCCAACAGGAUGUCCUCUGUGACUUGGAGAGAAAGAAAGUGAGAGAAAACAAAAAAGGGGACACAACUCUUGAAGCAGUUGACAUGGCAACUUUUUUAAACUCAAAGCUUGAUAUGGGGCUCUGCAUUUGAUCACAUCUAAGCAUCCAGGAGAGACAAGUGUCAAAACGCUAUUUGAGUGAACUCUAACGUGCUCGUGGUGUUGUGUCUCAAAGAGCUGAAAUGAUUAUUUGAGGAUUACACUGCCGCCGUGAAUCGUUAGCUUUGAGUUGGAAAGUUUUCUAAAUAGAUCUGUUUUCAUUGAGGUUUUUCAGCGAUUUAAGCUAUUGUUGUCGGCCGUCUUUCAAGGCAGGUCUUUCUCGAGGUGGUCUGUAAAGAACAUGUGGGGGAAUUAGCUCUUAAAAAAAUAUAAACGCAAAAAAAGAAAAACAUCUUUGUCUCCAGAUCUGAGGACGUCGAUGACUCCAAAGAUCUGCAGAGAGGGAGACAAUGUUGUUUUUGUUCUUCUAAAUGUUUCUUUAAUAUUGUGCAAAAGAGUGAAAAGCACCAUAACCAGCUUAUAACUUAAGGAGGCAGUCAUUCUUUUCUGCUGUCCUUGAAGCUAGCAGGUAGUGAUCAUCUCGAGCAUAUUCACGGCAGCUAAAAGCAUCAAAAAAGCCAAAUGAAGAGGGAGUUACUCCCCAGACACCUUUGCCCCAAAAUGUGCUUACAAUUAAUAUAUGUGCAGUUAAAGAAGCUGAUUAUUGGAGUGACAAGAGGAACCUUUAUAUAGGAUAAAUCAUGAUCUUGUGUUUUCAGGCCUUUAGUGGAGUCUCUUGGGAACUCUUCACUACUAAGUUAUGAAAACUUUUAAGCCCCUCUAAGAAAAAAUGUGUCAAAGAGAAACUUAGUCAUAGAUUUUACCAUGUUGAAUUUUGAUGAAGGAGAUUUUGAGAUGUUUUAACAAAGGUCAACUGAUUACAUAUUUAUUAGCUUAUAUGUUGUCCACACACUGUAAAAUCUUGGCUUGAAGACAUCUUUUAAUUAAGCAACGAUAAUGUGUAAUGUAUAUGUAGUUGGACUUGAGUCCAGAGAAUGACUCGUGUUUUCGUUAGUUUGUUGUCCUGAAGUUUUGAGCUCUUAGAAGAGUGAAACAGUUACAGAGAGUAUUUCAUGUGAAGAACAGAACAGUUAGUUUGUUCAACUUGAGUAAACAUUAGUGUCUUUAGUUUCAGCUCCAUGUAUGUGUUUCACUUGCUUUAUGAAUUUUUCAUGUAGCUUGUAGUUAAACAGUAACUCUAAAUUUU